AUGGACGAGAUUGCCAACCACCCAGACGGAAAUGGAGACGCCAGCUCCGUCAUUGACAGCCAACUGACAUUAGCAUCAUCAGACUCUGAACAUUGGGCCAAGAAACAUUACGAAGUCUUAGAGAUGCUCGCGAAUUACACCCCCCUCGGGACACAGGACGACACUACCCAAGUACUUCGUCUUUUCGCGGACAAACUCCCACUCAGCGGACAAUUGGUUCUGCUCUCGGAGAUUAUGCGUUACAGAGACACUCCAGUCAAGCUGAGGCAGCUACGUGACUUUUUGGUCCAGGCUAUCUUGAUACCUCUCAAAACUCAUUCACAGCGCAGAACGGAAGACGACAUCGUAUCUUCGAGUUCCGGGGCAGACGGCCCAGGUUCACUUCUCGAGCAGCUCGAGUCAUAUGUCUGUGAUUCAAAGUUGAGGCGGGACUGCCUCCUCCGGGAUGGCGGCCAAUGUGUCGUCACGAAGUAUUUUGACAGGGGCUGGUCGGAGAAGAAUUACUCUGGCCAGAUGAUGCCUCAGGGACGUAUGAGCACCCUAGAAUGCGUCCAUAUCAUCCCCUUCCUGAUUGGGGAUUCUAACGAGCGGACGGCGAUGGAGGCUCGCGCGAAUGCAAAGACUUGGUGGGCAUUGUGGAGAUACUUCCCGGAACUUAAAGGGAAGAUCGGACCCGACACCAUCAGUCAGACUGGCAACGCGUUUAUGACGAAUUCAGAGGUCCAUGGCGAUUUUGGGUAUUUUGAUUUCGGGUUCAAGCAGCAAUAUGGUUCGACUACGGAAUACAACAUUCGCUGGUUUUGCGCGUGGAAUCCCGCCAUCGACCUAUUCAAAAACUACCCCAAAGUAGUAGAAUUCACUUCUGCAGACUCUGGAAUCCCCGAGCUACCAGACUCAAUCUUCUUGGACGUGCAUUAUCGGGUUGGCGAGAUACUUAAUGAGUUCCAGCUCCAAAGACUCUCACUUGAAUCGAUUAGUCACAUGAGGUUCUAG